UCUCACCAUUGUAGAUCAUCAGUGGCCUUGCACUUGAUCUGACCACACUUGUCCAGUUUAAUUCUAAAGAAUUAUUCUUCUAAGGCUUGCAGAUAUAUUAAGUGAGCAGAUAAGUUGAACCUAAAGAUGGGUUCAGGUGGCCGUGCGACGGAGCGAAACAACUCCAGCGAUGAAGCUGUUAAGCGCGCCCCGUCCUCCAAACCACCAUUCACUCUUGGUGACAUAAAAAAAGCCAUACCACCACACUGUUUCAAUCGAUCCCUGCUCCGAUCUUCAUCCUACCUUUUCGUCGAUCUCUUUUUUUCCUUCUUGUUUUAUUACAUUGCUGCCACAUACAUCAUCCCCCUUCAGACCCCCUUAUCAUAUGUCGCAUGGCCGGUCUAUUGGAUCCUGCAAGGUAGUGUCCAGAUGGGGUUGUGGGUUAUUGGCCAUGAGUGUGGCCACCAAGCUUUUAGUGACUACCCAUGGUUAAAUGACACCAUCGGUUACUGUCUACAUACCGGUAUGCUUGCUCCUUAUUUCUCUUGGAAAUACAGUCACCGUCGCCAUCAUUCCAACACUGCUUCACUAGAGAACGACGAGUCUUUCGUCCCAAAAAAGAAAUCUAACGUAAAUUCUUUCGCCAAACUACUCAACACUCCUCCAGGCCGUCUCAUUCGGCUUGUGAUAUUAUGCACCAUAGGCUGGCUCUUGUAUGUUUGUUUCAAUGUUUCUGGGCGAAAAUAUGAGAAAUUCGCUAACCAUUUUGAUCCAAAGAGUCCUAUUUAUAGCGAUCGUGAGCGGCUCCAAAUACUUCUAACUGAUGUUGGUCUUGUUGUUACAAGCUAUGGGCUGUACAAAGUGGCUAUGGCACAAGGGUUCACAUGGCUAGUGUUGGUCUACUUUGCACCUUUGGUUAUUGUUUACGGGUUUUUGGUGGUCAUCACUUGGUUACACCACACUCACCGGUCACUACCGCACUAUGAUUCCACCGAGUGGAACUGGCUGAGAGGAGCAUUGUCGACAAUCGAUAGAGAUUACGGUGUUUUGAACACGGUUCUUCAUCACAUCACCGAUACACAUGUUGCUCACCAUUUGUUCUUCACUAUUCCUCAUUAUAAUGCAAUGGAGGCCACAAAAGCAAUCAAACCAAUCUUGGGUGAGUACUAUCAGUUUGAUGACACCCCAAUAAUCAAAGCUAUGUGGAGAGAAGCUACCGAGUGCUUUUUUGUUGAGGCUGAUGAAGGUGACAACAACAGUGGUGUCUAUUGGUUCAACAAUAAGAUGUGAAGAUAUUGUAAUCUCAUUUCAUGAUCACAAGGAUAUGUAUUAAGCUUUUAAAUCUAUUAAUUAAUGCAAUAAUAAUUUUGUUCUACUAUA